GAAGGAUCUAGCUCUAAAGAAGCUAGCUAUGAGGAUUCUUGGACUCACAUGUUUUGACAGUGGUUGCGAGCGCAAUUGGAGCACGUUCAAGGCGAUUCAUACCAAGAAAAGGAAUCGCCUUGAGCAAAAAAAGCUCAACGAUUUGGUUUUCGUUCAACAUAAUAAAAAAUUGCAAGAACAAUUCCAAACUAGGAAAGAAAAGCCCGGUUUCUUUGACCCUAUCUACUUAAAUGAGUUUGAUACAGAUAACGAGUGGCUCGUAGAGACAGAAGACCCGGUAUUUACUGGAGAGGACCUGACAUGGGCACGAGUUGAAGAUACCGCAUACAAAUCAACACCUGGUGAAGGUACCACUCAAAGGCGAAAGAUGGGGGGAAUCGAGGGGCGAGUAGUAGUCGUCAACCCGUUGAAGAGAUUGAAAAGAUGGAAGAAGGAUAUGGGGAUAAUGAUCAAGCAAAAGAUCCACCAUUGGAUGUUGAUGAAGUAUUAGUACAUACAAAUGAUGAAGAAACGAAAGAAGUGUAUCUGGAAGGAGAU